AUGGCCUGGUGGCCUCGCAAAGACGUUGGGACUGAUCCAACAGCAGGAGCUUGGGCUAAUGUUCUUUCUUCUCUACAGACCAGGAAGAGGGCAACAUCAAGUAUAUGCACUCUUUCAGCUGCUUUCACCAAAGCCGCUCAUGGCCUUGCCACGACCCAACUUGCCGACCACCAUGUGCGACUCCGCGUUGGUCGGGCUAGAAGCACCCAUAGCAACAUCAAGCAAGACACCAUCUGGGUCGAACCCUACCUGAAGAAGCAAGCUUGCCUUGAUCUCCUCAACACGGUACCUCCCGGCCGCACCAUCAUCUUCGUCAACAACAAGCACGCUACGGAUGAGCUCGACGACUUCUUGUUCAACAAGAGAGUUCCAGGGAGAUACUCGGUUUUCACAAUUACCCGGCGCAGGAACAGUUCUUGCAUGUUUUCCCGGAAUAGUCUCGUGGAAAGCAGAGUUGUCUUAGUCGAACUGAAACAGAAGUUCAGGCUGAGCAACAACGGUGAAGUUCGGGGACCAGUCCGAUUUGGGCGCAAAGAUUAG